AUGUUCGUGCGGACUACUUCUGGUGCGUUUUGCCAGAGCUCCUGGCUUCGCAAUAGUCGUGUGCAUACCCGCUUUCGCUUCCAAUGGAUUGCCCUGUUCCUCACCGCUAUUGGGGGUUUCAUUGCAUUCUAUCUGUUUGCUGUCCCACAGCUUCUCAGAUUCCGGUUCCGCUCCGACUUGAGCUGGUAUGACCUAGGAGCUCAGGGGUUUGGUCCAGACCGAAGUUACAUUUCCUUUGAUCAAGAGUCACUGGUUGUCGAAAUUACUCCGCCUAAUGCGAAAUGUGAUCCCAGGUACACAUUCCUUGCGCCUCGAGGCGAUUCAGUUCCUCAUCCCGGUCCGAUGAUUUUGAGUCCUGAUGGGGAGCUUGUGUGGACGAAAUGGAACAAGGGUACGACACAAGACUUCAAAGUGCAGCGGUACAAGGGUGAGGACUACCUCACUUAUUGGCAAGGCAGCAUAAUCGACGGCAUCGGAGAAGGGUCUUGGUACAUGCUUGAUUCAACCUAUACACAGAGGUAUGUAGUGUCUCCAAUCGGCAUGUCUAAUGGCGACCUGCAUGACUUCCAAAUCACUUCCAACGAUACCGCAAUUCUGAUGAUCUAUGACCCAAUCCCAACUAACUUGAGCUCUAUUGGAGGCCCGGAGCUCGGAUGGAUGUAUGACGGAGUCUUCCAAGAAGUUGACCUCGACACUGGGGAACUGCUAUUUCAAUGGCGCGUAUCCGAGUUUUACCGUCCCAGUGAUAGCUAUCAACCAGUUGGACAUACUGGACAUGAACGGACGUCGGCGUAUGACCACUCCCACAUCAACAGCGUGGACAAGGAUGAUCAGGGCCGGUACCUCGUUUCGAUGCGCCACCUCCAUACUAUUGCAUGCAUAGAUGGCAUCACUGGUGAUGUCCUCUGGUCACUAGGAGGAAAACAGAACAAAUUUGCCGAUGCAUCUCAUGGUGCUGCCACCGAUUUCUCAUGGCAGCAUGAUGCUCGCUGGGUAGGACCCGACAGUCUCAGCUUGUUCGACAACGCAGCACACAACAACGACAAUAUCUCUGCAGUGAGCCGCGGCAUGAUAGUUGAUCUAGAUAUGGACUCGCGGCAGGCGACUUUACUGCAAUCUUUCGAGCAUCCGCAGGACAUCAUGGCCGUUUCUCAAGGAAAUUUGCAAGUGCUAGACACUGGGAACGUGCUAGUGGGCUGGGGGCACUCUGCAGCUUUCACCGAGUUCUCCCCAGAGGGUAAUAUCGUAUGUGAUGUGCACUUUGGUGCCUCUGCUUUCUUCACAUUUGGCCGUGUCGUCUCCUACCGAGUCUUCAAGUUCGACUGGGUUGGCAGUCCUAUGACAAGCCCCGACACCGCACUCACGCCAGAUAGUGUCUUUGUUAGUUGGAACGGUGCCACUGAGGUAGCAGAAUGGCGAGUUGAGGCAUGGGACGGUGAGGACCUCAAAAAUAUGACCUUCACGGAUGUCGACCAGGUCCCUCGCAGCGGUUUCGAAACUGAAAUUCCACUCACUUCCGAGGUUGAGUCGCUGUUCCGUGUGCGCGCAAUCAACUCGAACGGCGAGUCUCUUGGUACAACGGAGCUACUCCAGCGACCUCGAGCAUCAGAGGGCUCUCCCCUUAGCAUCCCAUGGGCCUUGGGGUCCAUUGCCUUCGUGGUUUUUGGUUGCCUUAUUUACGGUGUGCAUUUCGUUGUUCACCGUCGGCUUCGUCGGGGGUUUAGCUUCAAUCAUGUCUAUCAGUCGGUAUCUCCCAAAGAUGACGAUGAGACCGAUGGUGAACAUGAUCGUCUCCCAUUAUGA